GGCUCCAUAAAACCCCCUGCACCGGGCACGCCGCGCCAGACAGUCAGCAUGGAGAGCCAACGACUGUCCUACGGACGCCGCUUCGGCACCGCCACCCCGGGGCACCGGGUGCUCCUCACCAGCUCCCCCGCCCGUCUCCGGGCUCCCCGCAGCACCCAGCUGGGUCCCCGUCUGGGUGCUCACCUGGGGUCCACCAAGAUGGACUUCUCGUUGGCUGCGGCACUCAACUCGGAGUUCAGGGAGACACGCACCAACGAGAAGGUGGAGAUGAUGGAGCUCAACGACCGCUUCGCCAGCUACAUCGAGAAGGUUCGGCUCCUGGAACAGCAGAACAAGGUGCUGGUGGUGGAGCUGAACCAGGCACGGGACCAGGAACCCUCGCGCCUGGCGGAUAUCUACCAGGAGGAGCUGCGUGACCUGCGGCACCGUGUGGAGCAGUUGGCCACCGCCAAGACCCGUCUGGAGAUCGAGAAGGACAACCUUGCUGAGGACCUUGGCAACCUUCAGCAGAAGCUGCAGGAUGAGGUGACCCUGCGGCUGGAGGCAGAGAGCAGCCUGGCUGCCACCAGGCAGGACAUGGACGCUGCCGCCUUGGCUCGCCUGGACCUGGAGCGGCGCGUGGGGACCCUGCAGGAUGAGAUCGCCUUUCUCCGCAAGGUCCACGAGGAGGAGCUGCGGGAGCUGCAGGAGCAGCUGGCCCGGCAGCGGGUGCACAUCGAGGUGGACGCGAGCAAACCAGACCUGACGGCCGCCCUGCGUGAUAUCCGCAGCCAGUACGAGGCCAUGGCGGCCACCAACGUCCAGGAGACCGAAGAGUGGUACAAGUCCAAGUUUGCAGAUCUGACGGACGCAGCUGCCCGGCACGUGGAGGCCCUGCGUGCAGCCAAGCAAGAGGCCAACGAGUACCGGCGUCAGCUCCAGGCCCUCACCUGUGACCUGGAGGCUCUGCGGGGUUCGAAUGAGUCCCUGGAGAGGCAGCUGCGGGAACUGGAGGAGCGCUACGCCCUGGAGACGGCCGGCUACCAGGACACGGUGGUGCGGCUGGAGGAGGACAUCCGCAGCCUCAAGGAAGAGAUGGCCCGGCACCUGCAGGAGUACCAGGAUCUGCUCAAUGUCAAGCUGGCCCUCGACAUUGAGAUCGCCACGUACCGCAAGCUGCUGGAGGGCGAGGAGAGCAGGAUCACCGUCCCUGUGCAGAGCUUCUCCAACCUGCAGAUCCGAGAGACCAGCCUGGACACUAAAUCUGUGUCAGAAGCCCAUCUGAAGAGGACCAUCGUAGUCAAAACUGUGGAGACCAGAGAUGGAGAGGUGAUCAAGGAGUCCAAGCAGGAGCACAAGGAGGUGGCGUAGGGCGGGCGAGCCGCAGCAGCCGCACGUUUGUAGCUGUAGCUCCAUAGGUCCCAUCCGAUGCUGCGAGGGAGCCCGGUGGCCUGGCAGAGGGUGUGGGAGGCCCUGGUGGUGCUUCAGCGUGGGGCAUCUCCCUUGGUGCUCCAUCACCGACACCCAACUCAGGGCGGGCAACGCACCCUCCAACUGGUGAUGCCGAGGGCAGGUGAGCAGGUGGAGGCAGAGCCCAGGUCCCCUGCCAGGAUGCUGCCACGUUCCCACGGCACCGAGGGGUUGGUGAUGGGUGCCCACGCUCAUCCUGGGUCUCCAAUGCCCAGGGACAGAGUCCAUCCUCUUUCACUCUUCAUUCACUGGAUGAUGGUGCCAAGAGCAUUUCUCCCUGCAUCCCACCUCGCUGCGCCCUCCCUUGUCCAGGAGGCCACCCUGGAUCUCCCUGGCGCACCCGGGACCUGAGCACCCUCGGGGUUUGGUGCAGGGUGCGAGGUGGUGAGGGACAUUCCCCUGUCCCCAAGCACUGGGUGGGCUCAGCUGAGAGGCACGGGCAGGAGGAAGAGGAGGAAGAAGAGGCAGGGUGAUGAAAAGGCGAUAACGAGGAGUUCCUGGGGUGGUUUGUGGGGCAGCAGUGGUGGGCUGGGUGGCCACAAGGGCUUCUCCUGGCACAGAGCUAUGGGGCUGUCCUGACCCCUGUCAGGGCCCACCACAAUGUGUCCUCAUCACCGUGGUGAGGAAGAAGAGUGCUGAGGUGCUCGUGGCGAGGUGUGGGGGUCCCACGCAGGUGAAAAUGGAGAGGAGGGGAGAGCAGAGGAGGAUGAGGAGGGAGUCGAGGUGACCAUGGGGGCUUUCACAGCAGGAGAUGCCUCCAGUGAUCCAGGAGUGGUGGGAGAGGACUAACAGUCCUUGUCCACCCUUGUCCCACCUGAGCUCAAAGACCAGGGCUGCCCUGUCACCAUCCCUGCCCCACAUGGAGCCCAAGUCCAACCGCCCAUGGGCCUUCAAGGUGGGGUGGGAAGAAAUCCCUUGUCCCCAGGCCACAGGUAGCCCUGUCCCCUGCUCCAUCGCACACGACUCUGGUCCAGCCAGGGCCGGCACCAGCCCCGUGCUCGCCCGCAGCCUUGUUCCCACCUUCGACUUAGCUACUGAUCACGAGCAAACCCUGCCCUGAUGCCUCCUAACGUAGGAGCAGUGACCCAGCAGAGCUUCUCGUACUCCCCAAGUCCUUCAUAGAAUCAUGGAAUCCUAGAAUCAUUAGGUUGGAGAAGACCUUGGAGAUCACCAGCUCCAGCCAUCCCAUAUGAACACAGGGGAUACCACUCGGAUACCCUUCGUCCCCUGGCUCGGGUGCUGAGCACGCUUUGCUGCUCCCAACUCCAGGGAGAUCAUUCCUGAGGCAGGAGGUGUUACAGGAGAGCCGGGUGCUGCCCAGCUUUGGGAUGGUGGUGGCCCAGGAGGCUCAGUCCUCUGGGAGCAGCUGGAGCUUUGCAGCCCACGUCGCAGCGGAAUUAAUGCACUAACCCUCGCGGCUGCCUGAAAUGAGAAAUAAAGCUAA